CUCUAACCUCUUGUCCACUCACCACCGCACGUCACCUUUUCAUUCCCUGUAACGCGCCUCUUGUCUGUACAAAUAUCGAUCAAUUCCGCCAUGGACACAGACGACAUCGCGCCAAUUGCUCUGCUUAUGGAUGAGCUCCGUUCUGAGGACGUCCAGUUGCGCUUGAAUGCCAUCCACCGAAUUUCCACCAUCGCGCUGGCCCUGGGCCCUGAUCGUGCUCGAGAGGAAUUGAUUCCUUUCCUUCAAGACUCAGUCGAUGAUGAGGAUGAGGUACUGUUGGCUCUGGCGGAGGAACUUGGAAAGAGCUUUGAGGAGUAUGUCGGCGGUCCCGAGUACGCACACGUCUUGUUGGGCCCUUUGGAGAACCUGUCUGCUGUGGAAGAGACGCUAGUGCGAGACAAGGCGGCCGAAUCAAUCACCAAAGUUGCCGCCGUGCUUUCCCAGCAACAGAUCGAGCAAUACUACAUUCCUCUCCUCAAGCGACUCUCACAUGGAGAAUGGUUCACUUCCCGCACAUCAUCUGCCGCUCUUUACGCGCCCGUCUACCCUAAGGUCUCUCCCUCCAUCCAAGAAGAGCUCAGAAAGGGGUACACGGCCCUUGGGUCUGACGAUACACCCAUGGUUCGGAGAGCGGCGGCUAAGUGGCUCGGGGCCUUCGUUAAGAACCUUUCGAAGCAGCACGUCCUCACUGAUGGGCUGUCGAUAUACCGUCGUCUACAGGCAGACGACCAGGACUCUGUUCGAUUAUUGACGGUUGAGGACCUCGUUGCGAUUGCGCAGCAGCUCUCGCCACCCGAGGUGAAGGAACAAUUGCUAAAGCAGAUCCGACAGAGUGUCUCAGACAAGAGCUGGCGUGUGAGAUAUAUGGCCGCAACGAACUUCAACGCUCUUUCCGAGGCUGUCGGUGUCGAGUUGGUGCGCGAGGAAUUGGUGGGCCACUACGUGCAGUUGCUGAAGGAUAACGAGGCGGAAGUGAGGACUGCCGCUGCUGGGCAGAUUCCUGGAUUGUCGAAGCAAUUGGAGAGGGAUGUGAUCAUUGCCCGCAUAGUUCCAUGCGUGCGUGACCUCUGCCAGGACAGCUCGCAGCAUGUCCGCGCUGCACUCGCCAACCAAAUCACAGGCCUUGCACCUCUCCUUGGAAAGGAGGCCACCACUGAACAGCUCCUCCCUCUAUUCCUCCACAUGCUCAAGGAUGAGUUCCCCGAAGUCCGGUUGAAUAUCAUCAGCAAAUUAGAACAAGUCAACGAAGUCAUCGGCAUCCAAUUCCUCGCCGAAAGCCUCCUCCCCGCUAUCAUCGAACUCGCUGAAGACAAAUCGUGGCGUGUCAGACAAGCCAUCAUCGAAUACAUACCCCUUCUCGCCACUCAACUCGGCAAGCCCUUCUUCGACGAACAGCUCGGCAACCUCUGCAUGUCUUGGCUCGGCGAUACUGUAUACAGCAUUCGAGAGGCGGCUACCGUUAACUUGCAAAAACUCACCGAGGUCUUUGGCGUUGAUUGGGCUCGUGUGGCCAUCGUUCCCAAAGUCGUGAACAUGGGCGCUCACCCGAACUAUCUUUACCGUAUGACUACUGUGCAAGCCAUCGGGACGAUUGCACCAUCUUUGAACUAUGAGAUCGUCCACAAUGAGAUUCUCGAGGCUCUCCUCCAUCUCGCCGGCGAUCCCAUUCCCAAUAUUCGUUUCAACGUGGCCAAAUCCCUGGAAGUCCUCGCGACUACAUACGGGAGCACGCCGGAAGGAAAAGCGAUGAUUCAAGACAAGAUUUUCCCUGCUUUGGAAGAGCUGAAAAACGAUUCGGAUGCUGACGUGCGGUAUUUUGCGACCCACGCACUCCAAAAGACCUCGGGCGGUGGGGAUGGUUCGGGCUGAAAGGGAAGGCUUGGCGUCGUUGUUCCAGAAAGGGCAAGCGGGGAUUGUUCUUGUCUGAUCGUUCGGUUUCUUACACAGAGCAGCACAAUUGGAGUGUCGGAUGUCGAGUGUAUAUCAGUCAAUUUUGUUCGGAACGGUUUGUGUGUAGAUACAUAAUAAUGUGGAUCGUUCGUCUUGCAGUGUCUG